UGAUACAAACAGCGCGGGGCUGAUCGGCUGGGAGGCGGAGUGACGUCAUCGGGAAGCCGCUAGAUUUCACACAGGGAUCAGCCGCUUGGGUCACUCCUCACGAGCACAUCCAGGAAGUUGUCCCGACGUCGAAUCCCUCUUUUGUUUUCUGACUUUUUUACAACAGCGAGUUAUUAUUUUUACUUUUCGCCACUUUCCACGUGAUAUUUAACGCCAAAGCUCCGCAGCGACGUCAUGGCUUUUGUCCCGGGUCAGCCGCUCACCGCUGUUGUGCAACGAAUUGAGAUCCAGAAGUUGCAGGAGAGAAAUAAUUUGAUCCUGGGCUUCAGCAUCGGUGGAGGGAUCGACCAGGACCCCGGGCAGAACCCCUUCUCUGAGAGCAAGAGUGACAAAGGCAUCUAUGUGACCAGGAUAACACCAGGAGGACCAGCAGACGUGUCAGGCUUGAUGAUGGGAGACAAAAUAAUGCAGGUGAACGGCUAUGAUAUGACCAUGGUGACCCACGACUAUGCUCGUAAAAGGCUAACAAAGAAGUCCGAGGUUGUGGUGCGACUCCUUGUGACCAGAAAGUCGUUGGAGCAAGCCGUCAAGCAGUCGAUGGGGCCCAAAAUAACCCCAAAAUGUGACAACAGUGUGACACAACACUACUGAUUCAGCUGCCAAGGAAUGAACACGCUCAUGUACUGAAAUCACACACACUCAGAUGAUGUUUGCACUGUGGCCUUUAUAACCAGAUUAUUGCAAAAAAAAAAUACCACAUCAGUCAGUUUAAUGUUCGGGUGACACAUCCUGAUGCUGCACAAGUCCGUUCUUACUUAUCCUGGUCAGUCAUUGAACAAUGAGAGGGCGCUGUCCCUUCCCACCAACACUAAACUCACCUCAAAGGUCCAGGCCUAUACAGCGCUGAAACACUUUUAAUUUGCAGUGACAAUAUAAUACAGACUUGUUUUUGUUGUCCUCAAAUACCACCAUUUCAAUUUUAAGCAGAAAAAGAUUUCAGAAUGUGUACCAAAACUCACAUGAUCCAUUUUGAUUCAUUUUAGGUUUAGAAUUAGUUGAAAUGUUGCUGUAUGUAGAGUUUAGGGUUAAAAAAGAUCAAUAGUCUAUGCAGAGAUUAACGGUAUUUCUUCUUUGUUUGAACAGGCAGACUCUCACUGAAAUCAGAUUUUUGGAAAGGUUUCAUAAAACGACGCUGUUAUAUCUCUUAAAUUUACUUUUUGAAUAGUGAACAUUAGAAUAUUAUUGCUUCAUUCCCACUUAUAUUACUUCUGCCAAGGAGGUUAUGUUUUUGUUUUCCUUGUCUGUUAGUGAGCAGGAUUACGCAAAAACUACUGGACUGAAUGAAACUUGAUGGAAGGAUGGAGUUUAAACCAUUCAAAUUUGCUGCUGCUGCAGAUCCAGAUCGGGGGGCACUGUGAGAUGAGGUGUUUUCAACAUUUUCAUGGGUCUCUGAGAAUAACUCAUGGAUCUUGGUGAAAUUAACAUGUCAUAUUUAGGGGACUGAUAUAUAUAGUUUGUAAAAAUCUGGAUGUAGUGAAUUUGAAUGUGGUUUCAUAAGGAGACUGUUGGGCCUUGGCGGAGGUAUGCACUCUACUGAGUAACAUUCUAGCUAGAUUCUUUCCAAAUGUCCUCUAUCUGCUCUUGAUAACACUUCUAUGGGAGCAAGCCGAUAUCAAUAUCAGACUCAUUUAUUAUCUUUUUCCAUUACAACUCCACUACAAAUAUACAUUUGAUGAAAACAAAAUCUAUUUUGAUGUCAAUCUUGUCAAGAUUACAGCAUCAAAUGCCAAAGUACUGUGAAGCAAUCAAAACAUGCGAAAAGUGUUAAUUUUCUCUUUUUUAUUAUGGUUUCAGUGGCCUGUAUAAAAUAUAUACUUUUUUUUAAUAUCACAUAUUAAUGUUUUCCACUAAUUAUCUCUUAACUGAGGCAUAUUUCCAUUCUAUUUAUCUUGUUUAUUGUGUGAUAUCCUCUUAGUUAAUUCCAUGUCCACCGUGAACAGAAUUCUGCUGGACCUACAUUUGGACGACACGCCUGACACAUCAUUUUCAAUAUGUCACUCUUCAUCAUCCUCAUCAGGUUGAGCAGGAGAAAGUCCAUGUUUUGACACAAGCACAGUUUCUCACUGGAACCAGCAACGUGUAAAAACUUUAAAGGUGUAUUGAACUUGUUUAUUUGUCAGAGACCAAAAGUUAAAAGUGUAACUCUGAACCCUACAGGAGUGAAUGUUCUUUGUCGGCACACCAGCUUUUACCUCUUGUCUUACGAUGCUUUGUUUGAUUCCAUUUAACGAUUCCUCUGUGGUUUCUACGAUGCAAUGAGAAUCUGUUGCCUCUGAUACACGGCAUACUAACCCUGUAGAUGAGUGAUUUAAUACUAAUCAUUUACAAUAUUUUGGGUUUGAAAUAAAAGUGUUUUUUUUACUUCUUACCCUGGGAGAUAUCAUUGGCUCUUGCUGGGCUGGUGGUAGAAAAAUCCAUUUGUAUGUUUUUAAUAGAACAAUUUAAACUGUUUAUCAGCAACUUCCAUUUCACUGUCUUGAUCAUUAGAUAAAGUUUUUAUUCUGAUAUGAAAAAUGUUUGAAAUGUUGGAGGCAGCAUUAUGCUCGUAUAAUAAUAAUAAUAAUCGUAUCUAUAAUCUUUCAAUCAAUGAGCGACUUAUUGUAUUGUCAGACUGUAAUUUCAAGGACUGAGGCCUAACAAGGCAAACAUAGUUAGUUUUUUGCAUCAAAAAUUUAAAACCUGGCCAUACAGGGGUUUUUGUUAUAUAUUUUCCAUUCAUCAUGUCGGCUGCUUGGGGGGGUUUCCAGCCCCAGGUUACAGACUGCCACUGCAGGAACGUCCCUUCAAACAACAAAUCACUUACAGUAUUUUCUUUUUGAAUUAUUUUGUAUGUAAACUGCCAGCAGAGCACAAAUGUUCAGCAAUUGACUGUGUACAGUUUUGAAUCUUUCUCAUACAUAAAAACACUGAGAACAAAA